AUUUGCAGUAUUAUGCGAUAUUACGUUGGUAUGACCAUCGACAGAAAAAAUAUGUAUUUGUUAUAUAGAGAGGAUGUCGGAUAAUGCGGUUUCAUUUGUCGGGUCCAUUUGGUUGGAGAAGUAUGACUGAACGUCUGUCGGCUUUUUAUGUCGAUAAAGUAUGAAGGUUGUUAGUUAUGUUGUACGUCGUGUGUCGGGACCACUUAGCCCGGUGCUAAAUGAAGUCGUUGCCACCACGGGAGCUGCCAUUACACGUGCGGGGGAAAGUCGAAGAUGGCGUCUGCGAGAUGCGCAAAGAUCAACUUUAUAGCCAGACACGUUUGCGUUGUGAACUUUUCCUGAUUUCCUUCAACUGACCCCUUAUUAAAGGGCAUGGAAACACCAAUUUAUGUUCACAAUUAGUUUCUCACGUACAAUGAAUGCUGUUCUUUUAGCUAGUCGGCUGUAAUUUUGUGUGUUUGUCACAAAAGAUGGCUAUGCAACAAGGCAGAGGCAGAGGAAAUUUGAAAAAGGAAGAAAAAGUACUGUCUAAUUCCAAACCCCUUGGACCACCUGGUAAUGCUGAUAUAAAUAUGGAUGAAAGCUUGAAAAAAUUAAAUCUCUACCGGAAACCUAUAGCCAAAGAUGGUUCUUGCUUAUUCAGAGUUGUGUCUGAACAGGUUUACCAUACUCAAGCUAAACAUCUACAAGUGCGUUCUGAAUGCAUUAAUUACAUAUUUAAACACAGAAGUAUUUUUGAGUCUUUCAUUGAAGGAUCUUUUGAGCAUCAUUUAUUUCUUCUCAAGAAUCCAAAGGAAUGGGGUGGAGAGGUGGAAAUAUCAGCACUGUCUCAUCUUUACGAGCAUGAAUUCAUUGUUUAUCAAGCUCCUAGUUUCCAACCACAACCUGUUACUUGUAAUGGUUUCACAAAACAAAUUCAUCUUUGCUACUUAAAUGGAAAUCAUUACGAUGCUGUAUAUCCUCUAAGCUACAAAUCGAACGCUGCUUUUAUGCAAUCUGUUCUUUACAAUUUGCUACUUGAUAAAGUUAUACCUAAUAUUGAUCAACGGGAGAUGUUAAACGAGGAAAGCAUAUCUGUUGAUGAUGCAUCUGCUACCGGUUGGACAGAAGUGAAAAAACAAGGGAAAGGCCGAACUCAUGAAGAAAACGUGGAUCGGAUCAUUUCAACUUUCCCCGAUGCUGGUAGAGACAAGAAAAUCUACUGGCAAAUAAAAAGGUCACUUGAUCCAAACCUUUAUCGUAACGUUGAACUGGAGGUUUGGGAAGACAAUAAGUCGGAAAUACAAAAGUAUGACUACAAUCUGGCUGUGUCCAUACAAUUUAAGCCUGGAGACAUGUGUCUAGCUACUAUACAGGAAUCGGAAGAUGUGAGUGAAAUUGUGAGGGUGAGAAUUCAGGAAAUGACUCUUGACAAAUGUAGAGUCGUGUCAGAAGAUUACAAAAAUCAAUAUUACGUACAAUUAGACGCUUUGCAACCUAUUUUGAACGGAGAUGCCUCUGAUGCAUAUAAAAACUUGCCUGGUUAUUAUAAUAAACGAGACAACGAAAGGGAACUAGAAUUUCAAGCGCAGAAGCGCCGUGGUAAAUCAAGAAGGUUUCGAGAUGACGAACGUAAGGGAGAUGUUGGAGUAAACAAAGGUAGCGAUUUCGGAAAGCGUCAAGACAACAGAGCAGAGCGAGAUUCCCGAAGGCGAGCAAACAGGAAAGAAGGGGAGAAGAAGAAGGAGGCGGAAAACAAGCAAGCUUUAAAUAAGACAAAACCAGAUUUAAAAAAGCCUGAAAAGAAUGAAAGCGAAAAAAAAACUGGUCCUAAUGGUAGUUCUGAAGCCCCUGUGAAAGUUGCCCAACCAGCUGAAACAGCAGCAGCCUUCUGGGGUCGAAUGCGCACUCGACCUCCACCAAUACCUUCCACCACUUCUGAUUCCACUAGCAAGCCUACAAAUGUGGCGACAGAUGCAGCAGGUCAGUCGAAUCAUUCUCCAAAACUUUCACAGAGUAAAACGAACGGCCUUAAGAAACCAACAGGAAAUUCUGAUGUAGAUCAAGAUAAAGCAAGUACGACACGCACGGAUAGUUCUAACGGACAUGCACGCAAACAACCUUCAUCGGAUACGUCAAAUGAUAUUGCUGCGCAUGGAGCUGAAACUAAUAAACAAAACGUAACACAUAAACCUGCAUGGGGGACACUACCAUCACCAACUAUACACUCUUUUAAAUCUAACACCUCACAUGAUAUGGGAACAACGCCUAGUACUACCUCGAACACUUAUAGCGACAGUGAGAAUUUACGCACUAGUAAUAUGGACAGCGAUGCUGAGAAACUGUUUAACUUGACAACCCAAGCUAGGCUUAAAGUUAAUGCGGUGCGCGAGAAUAUUUUGGUAACAAGCGCGAAAUUAUCGGCGGAAGUUAACGUAGCACCUUCAUGCACAAAUUUGUCAGAUGUAAAUCCCUUUAUACCCUCUGAUGAUGUUACAAAUAAAAUGAAUAAAAAUUCACAUACAGAUAAUACAGAAACAGUCAAACAAAAAAACACGGUUAUUGAUAACAGUGAUCUUGUUAAUAUGGUAUUUCCCACACCCUUACAUGAUGAACAAAUAUGUAAUGGAGAUUUAGCUGAAAAAGAAAGCAUUCAAAUUGGCUCAGUUGACGCAGAAAUAUUUUCCUCGCAAGAUGCAACAACACUUUAUGAUGGAUCUUGCGCGGAAAUUAGUUCUCAACAUGUUACUUCGUGUGAAGAGAAUAAACUAUCUAGUUCUUUCGACACUGCAGAGUCCACUUUUAAUGACACAGCCGUGAAAGCCGACGACGUUCUAAAAGUGACAAAAGACAAAAUACGCAAGAAAGUCAGUUUUGGUCAGACUACAGAAAUUGUGGAAAAAUCGCAGGAGCUGUUUACUUCAGGUGUAAUGGAUACGGAUAUGCUGGUAUCACAAUCAUCAGAACCCGGUAAAAUUGUCUUGCCACCCGAUCAUCGGGAGAAACACCUAGACGAGUUCUCCAACGUGGGGAUGCUCCCUCCACAGCAGCAGCAACACGUCAUUCCAGCAUCUUUUGUUCACAGCGGAGGAGUGACCUAUUAUCAAACUGCGCCUACCGUUCCUAGUGUUCUUCCGAUGUUCUGUAAUGCUGGGGAUCAACUGCCCUAUCCCGUCUCCAUGUCACGCGAUCCUGAAGGAAAGGAUCUUCCUGAAGAUAUGACGAUACUGCGACAUUUUUACAAUCUCGGUGUUCAGUGGCACUACAUGCUCACUCAGCAGCCUAACAACAUGCAUUUAUCUCAGCCAGGCCUUCUUCCUUUACCUGUGCAACCUCAAUAUUCUACUGUUCCAAUGCGCCCAUUGGUUAUGACGUCAGAACAAUCUGUUCGUUCUGCUGAUUGCUACUCGCCGAAUUCUCAAAGCAACGACUCGCCACUAAUAGAGCUUUCCCAAGCUUCGUUAAUGCAAAAUCGUUUCCAAACUCCUCAUCAAAUUCACAUUCCACACGCAAUCCAAUCUGUCUCUUUUGACCAGUUUGAAGUUCCUUCUAGGUUACGACGCACUCCUGUGAAUAGAACACAUACACGGUUUGUACAACAGAGGCAAAUAUAUAAUGGGCGUGGUAUCAUGGGUCAAGGUCCAAGACAACGAUCAGAUUUUAUACGCGGUACAAAUAAUUACCAUGGUUAAUGAAGAAUCGAAAACAAAAGAUUUUAUACUUUUCAGUUUUGUUGGAAUUAUAUAAUGUCGCAAAUUAUUGCGUUCAUUUCCCGCAAAUAAUAAUGUUGAUUUUUUUUUAAAAAAAUGAGAAUAAUGAGAA